GCUCUCCCCGCACGGCUGGUACAAGACUACUCUGAGAUGAGCGAGCUUAUGAACAGCAAAGGCAAUUUCCUUAAGUACCGAACUGCUAUCGCACUCCCGGCCUCAAAGUCCGCCGCCAGUGAGCCUAUACUACCAUAUUUGGGGGUGUUCUUAUCUGAUCUUACCUUCAUAGAUGAAGGUAAGUAA